AUGGGGGUAGGCAACAUAGGAUCUUUCGUGGCACACUCGCUGGCCGCAUACCCUGCCCCCAGCCGGCCUCACAUGACUCUCCUUUUCCACCAUCCGGCCUUCUACAAAGACUGGAACCGCUUCGGACGCUCGGUUAUCGUAAAGCGUCACGGCUUAGCUGAGAAACGUACGGGAUUCGGAAUAAACGUGCUCCAGGACGGAGUAUGGUAUUAUCCAUCUGAAAUUGCAGAUGCGCCGCGAGAGUUGGUGCGAGAAGAGCAAACCCUACGCGAAUAUGAGAGAACGGAUGCCCAGGGUCGACAUAUACCAGCCGACGAAGAGUUGAUCGAGCAUCUGAUUGUGACUGUCAAGACGACGCAGGUUGAAAAUGCGCUAAAGUCAGUUCAGCACCGGCUGACACGAGACUCGUCUGUACUGUUCCUCACCAACGGCCUCGGCGUGCUAGAAGAGGUGAACGAGAAGAUAUGGCCGGAGGAAGAGAGUAGGCCGAAUUAUCUAUUUGGAAUCACCUCGCAUGGCCUAUACCGGUCGGGCCUCUUUGAGACCACGCACGCCGGAGUUGGCACUACGACUAUCGGCGUGGUGCGUAACAACAAUGCACAGCCGCCGCAGUCAAUACCAGGAGAGGCAGCUUCGGAUAAACCAACACUGGCCCCGUCGUCGGCCUACUUGCUGAAGACACUCACACAAGCUCCCGAGCUAGCAUGCAUAUCCACCAACGCCACGGACCUACUCCAACUCCAGCUCGAGAAACUGGCUAUAAACUGCGUCAUCAACCCGCUCACCCUGCUCAUGGACUGCCAGAACGGCGAUACACUAUACAACUACAACAUAUCACGCGUACAACGACUUCUCCUCAUCGAGAUCAGCGCCGUGAUAUGCGCACUCCCCGAACUUCAAGGUGUUCCUGGGAUCCAGGCCCGGUUUGCGCCAGAAAGACUACGUACGCUUGCAGUAAGCGUGGCGAGGCGGACGGCGGAGAACACGAGCUCGAUGCUACAGGAUUCCAGGAUUGGGAAGGAGACGGAGGUUGCGUAUAUGAAUGGAUAUAUUGUCAGGAGAGGUGAAGAAGUAGGCGUGAGGUGUGCGUUGAAUUAUAUGCUGAUGCAGCUGGUGCAGGCCAAGGGGAGGAUGAUGGGCAAGAAGAAGGCAGGGGAGGUUCCGUUCGAUCUUUCGAAGCUUUAG